CGCCAUAUAUAUGCACUUUUAGCUAAGAUGUGAUACCAUUUGAACACACAAAGUGAUUGUCCAAACUCCAAACUAUUGCAUUUCACAAGCACUCAUAUAACUUCAGUCUAAUAAAUCUUCAUCUUCCAUUUCUACUAUGACUAUGUCUAUAUAUGUUCCAUUGCAACAAGAAGAAGAUCCAGAUGAUGAAUAUACCAACCAAAAAGUGGACAAGGAAGUUCAAUGUUCAGGUGAUGCUGAUGAAAUGGUUUCUCAACCACAAAGGAGCAAGGGUGGUCUUAUCACUAUGCCUUUCAUCAUUGCAAAUGAGGCACUUAGCAAUACAGCAAGCAUAGGAAUUUUGCCCAACAUGAUAUUGUAUUUGAUGGGACCUUACAACCUUCAUCUUGGCCAAGCUAACCAGAUACUCCUCUUAUUUGCUGCAGCCAGCAAGUUCAUGCCUGUGGUUGGUGCUUUUAUUGCAGAUUCUUAUUUGGGUCGAUUCUUAAGUGUUGGAUUAGGUUCUGCUGUCAGUUUCCUGGGAAUGGCAUUGUUGUGGUUAACAGCAAUGAUCAAACCAACGGAAGGCGUUCAAACACCAACAUCAUGGGAAAUGGCAAUGUUAAUAUCUGCCUUUAUUCUCAUUUCAAUUGCAAGUGGUGGUGUUUCAUGUUCCAUGGCAUUUGGUGCAGACCAAGUAAAUAUAAAAGAUAACCCUAAUAACAAUAGGGUCUUGGAAAUGUUUUUCAGCUGGUAUUAUGCUUUUGCAAGUAUCUCUGCCAUAAUAGCUCUCACUGUAAUAGUAUAUAUCCAAGAUCAUCUUGGUUGGAAAAUUGGUUUUGGAGUUCCAGCAGCACUCAUGUUUUUGUCCACACUGUUAUUCUUUCUUGCUUCUCCUCUUUAUGUAAAGAUUCAAAAAAGAACCAACUUGUUCGCUAGUUUUGGGCAAGUAAUCGUUGCUUCCUAUAGCAACCGAAAACUUCCAUUACCGCCUAAAAAUUCACCUCAAUUUUACCAUCACAACAAGGACUCAGAUCUUGUAGUUCCAACAGAUAAACUAAGGUUUCUGAACAAAGCUUGUGUUAUUAAGGAAUUUGAACAAGAUAUAGCAUGUGAUGGUUCAAGAAUAAACCCCUGGAAUCUAUGCACAGUAGAUCAGGUAGAAGAAUUUAAAGCCAUUGUUAGAGUUAUUCCAUUAUGGUCUAGUGGGAUCAUGAUGACCCUUAGCAUGGGAAGUUCAUUUGGAUUGCUUCAAGCUAAAACCUUGAACAGACAUAUCACCUCCAACUUUGAAGUUCCAGCGGGAUCUUUGAGUGUUAUCAAUAUAGGUACGGUAAUUAUAUGGAUAGUUUUCUAUGAUCGCGUUCUUAUUCCUUUAGCAUCAAAGAUAAGAGGGAAACCAGUUAAGAUCAGUGCAAAGAAAAGAAUGGGAAUUGGUUUGUUUUUAUCUUUUCUCUACUCGGUAAAUGCAGCGAUUUUUGAGACUAUAAGGAGAAGAAAUGCAAACAAUGGAGUGUUGGAAAUGUCGGCAUUGUGGCUUGCACCUCAACUUUGUCUAGCUGGUAUAUCUGAAGCAGUCAAUUUCAUAGGCCAAAAUGAGUUUUAUUACACAGAGUUUCCAAGUACUAUGUCUAGUGUCGCCGCUUCGCUUUCUGGAUUGGGAAUGGCUGCAGGAAGCUUGGUAUCUUCUUUAUUGUUCAGCAUUGUAGAAAACACUACUUCAAGAGGAGGAAAAGAUGGGUGGAUUUCUGAUGAUAUAAACAAGGGUCAUUUUGACAAGUACUCUUGGCUUAUAGCUGGAAUUAGUGCCUUUAAUAUACUCUAUUAUAUAAUUUGCAGUUGGGCUUAUGGACCUGCAGUUGAAGAGUUAAGUAAGGAUUAAUGGCUUUGUGGAGAUAAAGAUGAUUAAGUCUAAAAAAUUGUGUGGUUGAUGCAUUUAUUGAACUUCAGACAUAUUGUUAUACUGCAAAAAUUCUUAAUAGGAAAUGAUCAUGAUUCACAUUGAAAUUGAAUAGCCAUAUUAGUUUUUGUCACAAAUGUGUAGGCUUGGUGGGAGAGCCAGAAAAAGAGAAAUCAUAUGGGACACUAUUAUAUAUAAAGAUAAAAUCCAUGUUGUAAUAAGAAUUAAGUACAAAAUUGAUCAUCGAAAUGAUUCUCUACGCAUUCCAACUGUAUUAAAUUAUAAAUUA